AUGGGUUCCUUAUCGAUGACCUAUCUGGAAGAUUUCCGAUUCUUUCAGAUAACCCGCAACCGGGAGUCUUACGUUCUAUGGAUCCUCCACGAAACGAAUGAACAUUUCAUUGCCGAGAAACUCUCCGCUUGCCCCGACGAAGGGGGUUGUCUAGGAGUUGUAUCGUCAGUAUUCCCAUGUUGUAGCUCUGCUUCUGUCUCCAUCACCGUUAAUGGUGACCAAGCAUUCCACCAAGGGCGUCUGAGGUCUCGGUCUAUAAGCCCUUCCGAAACCUCUAAGUCUACAUACCGAAGAGACCGCGAUACCUUGACGCAGCAAUACACUCAACCGGUCACUACCACAGAAUCCCGACCAACUGACGGAGCGCCUGACUUGCCUUCGGAGAAUACCAGGACAGAACCACAGAAACAAAAGAAGAGAGUAUCAGAACUUAUAACAAAUCAGAGAAGUCGGGGAAAAAGGCGGAAACCAACGACCGCGAAAGUUGCAUCGCUUCUUCUCACACAACUUAGCGCUCCGGUUGAAAAAGUUUUAUCCGAUCAAAACGUCUUGCCGUAUGAUGCCGAUAUAACCAACAAGCUGGAAAGUUCCCAACAACUUGUUCUCUCGCAGCCUGGGAAGGUCGACCAGAUCGUUGAAGAAUUGCAGCUGUGGUUACAGCAAGUCCAGCAACGAUCGAAAUUAUACUUGGCUGCCUUACAGCAUCUCCUCAAUUGUGUCGACCUCUAUAACUGGGUCAAUCGCUGUGAUAAGAAUACGGAGCGGCUCAAUAACAAAGAGCGUUGGUCUGCGUUGCAAAUUGCACGUUAUCGAAACUUGCUUGCAAACAAGCUCUGUCAAGCCAAGGAUGGAACCACUGACUGUCUGGGUUUAACUAUACUGGCGCCUAUGACUGCUAAGGGACUUAAGUUUGGGAAUAUUGGCAAGGCAACGGAGAAGGACAAGCUUGAGAUCAUUCAAGAAUUCGCCGCUCUCGCUCGACCACAAUUAGAGGCAGGACUAAAGGGCACGAGGUUCAUAGAAGUGCCAAAUCCCGUGAGCUUUGUCUGCUGGUUUCUUGAAAAGCCGGUUGAGGAACUGCCUAACAUUGGUGAAGCCCUCUGCCUCACUGCACUCUCUGUUGAAGACUGCCGCCCUAGCCCUGCGAUCUGGCAUGAGAUUAAAAUGCUUCCCAUAUCAGAAAUGUUGGAUGAUCGCGAAGUGCACUCCGAUGAGGAUGCACAAGAUUUGAACUGGCUGAUCAAGGCAGGUGGCCAAUGUGAUGAGAUCACGAAGAAUAGCUACGAAAUGACAGUGGAAGCGACCGAGCCGGCCCAGUUUGACAAUAAUGCAUGGGCGUUUUCUAAUCUUCUAGAUGAUGAUGCGCUCCCUCUUGGUUUUAGUUAA